AGUUGUCUUUAAAAUAUAUUACAUCGAAGUAAUUAAAUUAAUGUAUAUUAUCUAUUUUCAAAGACAGUCAAUUUUGGACACCAGACCAAAAUAAUUUAGUGUAUGGACAAUUGAAAAAUAGGUGGUCAAUAGUUUCAGAAGAACAGAAGAUACAAGGAUCCACUUAAAUUUAAACCUUUUGUGUAGAAAAUCUCUAACAGGAUCUGCUGUGAAGUCUAAUUGUUGCAAGCUUCACAGAGCUAAAUGGUUAUGGCAGCAGCUACUCCCACUGUCAACACAAAACCGGAAGCGACGCAAUCGGGAACCCCGCAAAGUUUUGCUUCCGCUUUUUUUCUCGACUGCCUUGGCUAUUGUUAAAAUGCACUGAGUUCGUUAUUUUAAUUCCUAUUAAAUCAGUCAGGUAAUUAUUUAUUGUAAGACGUACUAAAUCAUUGGGACGUAGAGAGCUCCGCUAUAAAUAGACCUAUCAAAUUAUAUAGAUCGCAAAUGCUGAUGACGGCUAAUUCUUUCGGUUUCUGUGACACUAGCGAACAUGCAUUUUGAAAUGUAUUGUAGCUAGCCAACAACACUCAAAUACUAUUAUUUCUAUUUCCGAUUAUCCACUGUAGAAACUAAUUGCUCGAACAUGGAUGUCCGUAUAUCACUAUCGGUCUCGCUGCUGCGAGAUCAGCUGGGAACCGUAAUCGAGCAAGCGGUGACUAACGCGGUGGAGACUGUGUUAGGAGAGAUGCUUAAAGUUGUAGGCUGCAAAUUCGAUGAGUUCAGCAAGGAAAUGACAGCGAAAGAAAAGGAGAAUGAGAGUAUCAAAAAAAUGCUGGAAAUAUCACGAUGCCAGAUGAAAACCAUGCGGAAGUAUCUGAGUGCUGUCAGUGCCAAGGAUGAGCGACCAGUUCCUGUGAACCAAAAGUAUGGCAAACAGACUUUGUGUCAAUACAGGGGAGAGUUACAGUUCCCAAAUCAAAAUUGGACAAGGAAAGCGGGCGACGGAAACUUUACCCCCAAUGAGAGAGCUGAAAGACUUCUCAAUGACAACCAAAUUGCAUCUUUGUCUGAAGGUUUGCCUCGAACUAUACAGCUACGCGACGGAACAGCCAUUAAGGACCAAGUAAUUGCCGUCAAAGAGAGCCAGGACACGCAUAGCUCUGCCCCAAACUUGCAUCCGAAAGAUUAUAUUCACAUCAAAGAAGAGCACAGGGACCCUCUGGAGAGGCCUGGUGGGUGUCACAGUAGGGAGGGGUUCUGUGAGACAGAGCCUUCCCAAGGGGGGUCCACAGAGGUCCUUGAUUUUGACCCCUCUCUUCACAAACUAGACAACAUUGCUGUGACAACCAUGGGAGCAUCCCCACAAGCAAAAGAGGAGGAGGCAGAGAUGCAACUGAUCUGCAUAAAGGAGGAACCUCCUGAGCUGGAGAUCCACACACUGAGCCCCCAGCCCCCGGACCGUCUCAGCGACCCCUGCCCUGACCAGGGAGGCGGACAGGACAGGGCUGGGCCAACAGACUGUCUGAUGGGGACAGCCCUCCCCACCAUGAGCUCCCCCACAUCAGGCUGGGACGGCCAGGCGCGGCGCGGCGGGAUCAGGCCGCAGGGCGAGCUGCAGACGCUGAGGCAGCAGCGGGCGGAGCUGCAGAGGCGCAGUCAGCUGCGUAGGCGGGAGCGGGAGAGGAGCCUGCCGCAGGCCCUGCAGGUCGCCAUGGAGAGGGAGCGGCGGGAGAAGACGCGCAUCCGGGUGGCGCGCUGGCGCGCGAAGCGCAAGAUGCAGGCCGCCGGCCUGAUGACAUCACAGCCCACACAGCUGGACUACGGGCUGGCGCAGAGCGUGCAGAUGCACGCCAACGACGCGCUACGCUGUCGCCAGCAGUACGGCAGCCUUAUGUACGGCAGCGCUCAAUACGAGAACGGCGCCCUCUACCCUCCGCUGCACAUAGGACAAGAGCUAACGGACGCGCUAGUGCAAUCUGAAGUGACAGUGGUGCAGCAGGGCAUUCUGGGGUCGGACUCUGAACUCUUCCAGCAGAGCGAGUUUGAAGCCUGAGAAUUUCAGGUUUCUGUGGCAACGGACAUUCCAACUGCUGCAAGACAAGAUAUAUUGAGUUUGUUAAAGAAUAAUGCACAAAGAAAGGAUUAUUCAUUAAUAUGAGGGCUUGGACCGAGGGGAACAGCUCAGCACCUGGGAAGAUCAUUUUCCACUUUAGAGAAAUGAACAGCGUACAGCUGUGGCUCUGAUAUGUCAGUGAUGUCUAAAACUAACCACGUGCUUAAUAAAUAAUUCCUCUAAAUCAGCUCCACUAAAGGUACAUUCAAACCCUUUUAAAUACUGCAAAUAUUUCCUAAGUACGAAAACUAGGGUUUUUUCCUGUCUACCGGCCUCAUUGUUUAGUUUUUUUUCUUUUGUUUUUUCUUGUUUACUUCAGCCAACUUUUUAAAUACCGUUUAAAUGCUCACAGCAUUAUUAACAGCGAGUGCACUUACUUACAUGAGCGCUCCGUACUACUCAGGGAUCUGAAUUUGUUUAUUAAAUUAUUCUGUGGUUAUAGAAUUAAGACCCUGUCAAAUGUCAAAAUGUUAAUUUGUGAUUUGUGAAUAGGGGUGGAUACAUGCCUCCACGUGGGUGUUUUAUGUGACCGCCAAUUAAUUAAUGGCAAAAUUCAUAUUUAAUGCAUAAAUAAAAACUUGUCAUGUCUCAA